CGAGAUUUAUCUGUAGUGUACUGUCACAUUCAUAUCACUCUUAAAGAGAAUAAAUAUGCUUCGCAGAUGCUGAUGGUGUAAAGAAAUUUGCACAAUUUAUUGUCUUUAUAGAGACAAAUUGGGUGUAGUGAGUUAAGUAAGUGCAAGUGAGUCAAAAAUAAAAGUAGGCUAAAUGGUUUUUAGUUCUUGAAAUUGCUGGUAAACGUUGCUUUCAAUACUUUCAAACAUACUUUUACUAAAACUACAUUCAUUUCAAUAUUUCAUACAACAUAAUGUUGGCUAUUUGCUUUAAAUAAUGCAUACUACUGUAAGACCUGUGAAGAGAGCAUGACUGACUGACUGAUGAGGCAUGGGCAUUACUGUAAUUUAGUGUAAUCAAAGCCAAAAGUAAGCAAUGUAGUAUGUAGGCCUGCGGUUCUCAACCUGUGGGCAUGUGGGUCAUGACCCCAUGGGGUUCUAACGACACUUACUCAGGGGUCGCCUAAGACCCUAGGAAAAUACAUAUUUAUAAAGUAUUAACGAAAAUAAUUUGAUGGUUGGGGGUCACAACAACAUGAGGAACUGUAUUAAAGGGUCGCUGCAUUAGAAUGGAUUGAGAACCACUGAUGUAGGCCCUAGCUUUCACUUUUAGUAUUAAUUACUAUUAGGAGAUUUGUUAUUUUGUGCUAUUCUCUGGAUUAUCUAGAAUGUGACAAUCGUGCACAGUUAUUAGAAAUGGAAAGAAAAAGAAAUGCACUUUGAAAAUAAGGGGAAAAUAAAACAACGAACAGAAAGUUUAUGGCAUAUUAAAUUUGUAAUAAGCACAGAUUCACAGAACAAUUAUUAAUUAUGAAACUAAUCUAGAUUUUAUUGUUUUUAAACAUUCUGCAUGCAGUUCAUUUUCAUUUACACCCAUAUUUACAGUAUUUUACAAGUCCGUUAAGAAUAUUUAAUUUUUAAACAUAAAAAAAAAGAUAUUUACAGAGGAUAGAUGCAUUGUUGCUUUGAUCAUCUUGCUUUUGUGUCAUUGUUCCUGGGAAAAUAUUUACACUACUCCCAAAGUUGAUUCGCGGUCUCAUAGCAAAUGAAAUGUUCUGACAACAGGCUGUUUCAUCCUGAUUUUAGAACCACAAUGCAUGGUAGCAAGACUGAUUAGCCAAACAAGAUCUACAUCAUCAUACACUGAGUGUCAACUCCUAAGUCUACUUGGAUUGAUUAAUUCUCACACGUUGAAUAUGUCGUACUAUUCUUACUAUUACUGAAUAAACUCAAGUCCUUUUCAUAAUAAAUAUAACUUAAAUAUCUAAAUAUAUACUAUAGCCUACACAUAAACACAUGAAUGUAGCGCAGCUCGCUAUCAGACAUAAAUAAUACACAUCCUACUUCUACAAAGUUCCACUCAAGACUGCUGCACCACUAAGUCACAGUACUGUCUAGAUAAUACAUCAGGAAUCAGCAUAAAAAACAUCAUGGGAAGAGCAUUCACUAACUAAUUAAAACUCUCAAACACAUGUUGCGCGUAAUGAACAUAAUAUUCAGUCGCAACAAUUAUCAAUGAACUACCAUACUUGACACUGAGCAUGAUAUUAUUUGGUAGCUGCACUUCAUGGCAUGUGCUAUUAUAGGGAAACACUAUUUUGUUCCUCAUAUACCCUUGGCUUGUGCAUUUUGCAUUUGGCAGAAUUUGUUAGAAGAAAAAAAAAAACCUUCGGAAAAAAAAAAGUGUACUUUCCAACAAAUACAACAUGAAAAUGAUUGAAAUGUAUAAAUGUAUUAUUAUCAAGGUGGGGAGGGUGGGGUGGAAUUAUCUCCCCCCCCCCCCUUGUUUGUUUGUUUGUUUUUGUAGGCAGUCCUAAGGCUAGGUUUCAGUGUGCCUCUUUUUUUUAAAAUGUAAAAAAAAAAAAAAACCUUGAAAAAAAAAAAAGUGUAUUUUCAAAAAAAAAAAACAUGAAAAUGAUUGAAAUGUAUAAAUGUUUUAUUUUCAAGGGGGGGGGGGGGGGGUGGAAUUUUCUCCCCCCCCCCCCCCUUGUUUGUUUGUUUGUUUUUGUAGGCAGUCCUAAGGCUAGGUUUCAGUGUGCCUCUUUUUUUUAAAAUGUAUAUUAUGAACCUUAUAAUUACACAAGGGUAGGCUAUAGUUUAGUGUACUUAAGUGUCUUAUUCAGCAUUAUUGUUCCGCUUCUGCAUAAUCGAGCCCAGACCUAGGCAAGAAAGAUAACUAUAAUGGGUCACUUUUUAAAAAUAAAUCAUUAAUCUUGUGCCUGCCAUUUAUGAUCAUUAAGGGAAGAGCAUUAUGUCUAUAAUAGUAUAGGAUGUAUAUUGGGGUAGAUAUUAAUCAUUAUUAAACCAUAUUUCUGACAUAUCAAGCCAUAGACUAUUAGAAAGUCUAAAUGCAAUUUUAAAAAUAUCUACAAAUCAAAUUUGCACCAUCAGAACAUUUCAUAUUUGAUUUAAAACCGCUAAGUGGUUAAGUCACUGAGCUUGUACCACUCAAUGCCAAGUAUAUUAAUGCUCUGAGCAAUUUCUUUCCUUUCACAUAACUUUUUAAAUAUUUUUUUAAACACUGAAGGUUUUUACAAAAUUCCUUUUAAAAGAUAAUAUUUAAAAUUCAGGUGUUUAACUUUAUUGUACCGGCAUAUGGUUUUCAAUUACCAAUAGAUAGCUGCUAAUAUGUUUUGCUGUAUUUGCUAGGGCUUAGUUCUUUGACCUAUCAAACAAGUGGUCCGUCAAAUUGUGUAAUUUUAAAGUCACAUGAUUUUAUCUGACCUUUUUAUUUACUUCAGAGGCCAUGAAAAUGCACAAGCUGCUGUUGAAAUUAAGAUCCCUCCCACAAAGCAGAUUUCACCAAAGAACAGCGCUUCAUGUCAGUGCCAAUAGAUGUCUAAGUACAGACACAACCGAUGGCCCAGUGGAAGACAAAAAUGAGGUUAACAGUGAGAAAAGAAUUCCAAGGGCUGGUAUGCAUUAUUAAAUAAAUGUAGUCUAUUCUUGAAUGAACUUCUGGAUACGUUCUAUGUUAAGUUUGUAAUAUUUUGAUAUGGACAAAUUUAAUCAGACCGACUGUUUCAAAGGUUAACAGGUAGCAAAAACAUUAUUUGAACUAUUGACCAAACUUGAGUUUUUCAUGUUCAUUUUUUAAUUUGGAUUCAUAUGCUUGAAAAAUAUUUAAAAAUAAUUUGUUUCUGUGCCUGCAAUUCUCAAUAGGUAUUAAGUAAUCAGUUUAUGUAACUCAUUACCAUAGGUAAAUACAGGUCGCCAUGGAAGAUACUCAGAGAGGAGUUUGAGGGCAUAGGAACGAUGAAACCGCCUGGCCUAGAGGUUCCGAGAGAAACUGACAUCCUGAUUGUAGGAGGUGGGGUUGUGGGGUCUGCCGUAGCUUACUGGUUAAAACAGCGCAAUCCUAAAGGGUCAAACAUUCUGGUUGUAGAAAGAGAUCCUGUGGUAAAUUUGGUGUCCUUUAAUACUUUUUUUAAUAUGUUUCAUUUUAAAGACUUUAAUUUUACCAAAGACUGAAAUGUUACUAAGACUGAAAUUUUACAUACUAUCUGUGAGCAUAAAGACAAAUUUAUCAUUUUAUGGUUUCACUAUCACAAUAAAAGAAAUAUAUGUAUGUAUAUUUUUUUUCUUCACCAUUUUUGCCACGAUAUUGUCACUUAAGUGUCAAAAUAAAGAUACUGUUUAGGAUAAAUUUAGUGUGCUACCUUUUUAGGAAAUUUCUAGUCCUACUUACAGCCUAUUACUUGAAAUUAAGGUUUAUGGAUGUAGUUUAAUUUCUCUUAUCAUCAUAUGUAUGGGCACAGACACUGCUGAGAGGGAGCAUUUUAAUAGAGCUGUUUAGAUCGUUUUUGUUUCAAAUCUAUUCAAUAGCUACGUUGAAAGUAUCUUCUGUAUCAAAGUCAAAUAUAAUGCUUUUUUUUUUUAUUUUUUUAAUGUUGAAAUCUUUACUGUUCAACUAGAAUUAUUGUUUUAUUUUAUCAAUUUAUGUUCGCAAUGUAAAUUUUGUAAAAAAUUUUUGUUUUCUUCAGUAUACAAGAGCGUCUUCCAUGCUGUCAUGUGGUGGAAUACGCCAUCAGUUCUCAGUCCCUGAAAAUGUCCAGCUUUCUAUGUUUACAUCUGAAUUUUUACGUAACAUCAAACAGCAUCUCAGUGUCAUUCGUAUGUUUAUUUUUUAAUUAUUUUUUAAAUUUACCUUUGCCUACAGCCAUUUGAUUUAUGCGUUUGUUUUCCUCCAACUUAAAAAAAGGGUUUCAUGAAUAUAAUAGCCACAGCUUUUAAAUAAAUAUUAUAUUUAUAUUUAUGCACACACUUUGUCAAAUAAUGAUAUCAAUCCUUGCUAUUAAAUCUACUUGUAUCUUAAAGAAAUGCAGAGGUUCUUUUAAAAUUAAAAAUAUUUAGAGACAUAUUUUUAUUUAGCGAUCAAUAUAUCGUUUUAAAAAUUACUUGAUACUAUGAAUGCUUUUGUUUAUCAAAUUAAAAUGUCUGCACUUUUUUUGUGAGUAGGCCUAUUUCUUUAAGUUUUUAAUGGUGUUUGGCUGGCAUCUGUAGUUCAGGAACGUCUUUUAAUUUCUAAUGAUUAAAGCUGCUGAUGGAAAUGAUAAAAAUUUCUUAAUAUUUAUGUUCAAACGUGAGAAAAAUACAGUUGUAGACAUUUAAGAUGGUUCUGUGAAAUAAUUGAUUGAAUGAUGUUAAUUAAACAAAAGCCCACAGAACACAAUUUGAAGCCAAAAUCAACCAUUUUUAUGUCUCUAAACUCAACCAUUCUCUUUUUUCACCAUUUUCGUCUUGAAAGAUCCACACAAAAAAUAUUUAAUACAUUUUGUUUUUCCAAAAUGUUUUCAGAUGAAAGUCCACCAGAUGUUCAGUUUAACCAUCAAGGUUAUCUUUUCCUUGCACCGCCUCGAGGAGCGGAACAGCUGAUGGAAAAUGUGCAGAUGCAACAGUGAGGUGUUUUUUAAUUUGAAAUAAACUAGGUUACCUCUGCAGAGCAUCCGUUUGUUUGCCUGAGUAAAUUAUAAUUGAGCUGAUUAUAGUAUUUUCAACAAUAGCUAAUAGAUUAUAAGAGCUAUAUUUGUCAUGAAAUUUAUUAUGUAAAAUAAUCACAAAGAAAUUUCUGUUAGGUCAGUAUGAAGCCUUAGGUCAGCAGUAUCAGGCCUCAAAUGUAGACAUGUACAUAUUUUAUAUAAAAUAUAUUUUUAAAAUGCAAAACAUGCAUUUUAUCUAAAAAUGAAAAUAGGAAAAAAAAAGAAGAGAAAAAUUCCAGCCCACAUUUUUAGCAAAUAAAUUAAGCAAGUAAUUUCAGAUGGAAAGAAUGUUUGAAUAGCUUCAGUCAGCUUGUAGUGUAGAAAAAUGUAUGAAUAGCAUCUGUGGGCAUGUUGUGUAGAAUAAUGUAUGAAUAGGAUCUCUUGGCAUGUAGUGUAGAAUAAUGUAUGAAUAGCAUCUCUUGGCUUUUAUCGUAGAAUAAUAUACGAAUGGCAUCUCUUGGCUUGUAGUGUAGAAUAAUGGUAGAGAAAUUUACAGAUACAUUAGGAACAUAAUGAAUCAGUUAUUGACCCGGCAUUGAUCUGUCAAUAGAUGACAUUAAAAAAAGAUGAGCAGCAAAUAUAUUCGUAUUGUCAAUCCAUGCAUUUUACCAUUAAUAUUUUGCUCACAGAGAAUUAGGUGCCAAGAUUGAUUUGUUGAGCAAACGUCAACUUGCUGAGAAGUUUCCUUGGCUAAAUCUAGAUGGGAUUGAAUGUGGCUCACUUGGUAUGUUGUCCAUUAGCUUUUUUUCCAAUGGGUUGAUUACCCAUGGGAAGUAAAUGAGAGGGGCUAUAGGCUCACCCAUCUCAAUAAUUUGCAAUAAGUUAAGAUGAGUGUUCAAUUUUUUUAUGUACUUGUACUUUAAAAAAACCCCCAUAAAUUAUGAAUUCAAAUAAAUGCUUCAUCUCUAUAUUUAAAUUAACAGUGUGCAAUGCAACAGUAACCCAUCCAAGUGUUCAGAGCACAAUGUAACGGUAACCCAUCCAAAUGUUCAGUGCACAAUGUAACAGUAAUCCAUCCAACUACUGUGUGCACAAUUUAACAUUUAAGCAGGAUCUUAAGGCUUCUCUACUUUCUAUGAAAAACUAAGAUGACUCUUAGUCAAAACAUUAAACAAAAAAUCAGUUUUUAUUGUUAAAAAUGACAGUGCAUAAAUUUAAUUUGGGAUCAUUGUUAUAUGGGCUACAUUCAAAUUGUUGUAAAACGGAGUAGUUUGCACAUGUUUGCCGCCCAUUUUUACCACUUAAGGUUGGUUCUAAAAUCAUGUUUUUUGUUUCUAAACUCGAUUCCAGUAUGUUAAGUAGGGUUGAUUAAAAAAGACCCAAUAAUAUAGUUUUUAAAAUAAAAUUUAUACUUUUACUCUGAAUAAUUUCUUUCCUCUCAAUUCACGGUGACGUCAUCCGAUCCAUGUUUAUUCACCCAAACCAUGACAACAACAAAUCAUAUGAAAGCGGAAAUGAUAUUCACCAACCCAAUAUACUCUUUUUCUCCCCGAAAAUAAAAAAUGUUUUUGUUCGUGAAUGUACCUAAUAUAGUAAGAAUGAAGGAAUUUUUUUUUUUUUUAAAGUUCCGGUUAUCAUUAUCUCAUCAAGGUGACUAAAAUAGUACAAGCAAAGAAGAAAAAAAAACACACAAAAAAAACCUGUAAUUUAAUAAAUAAUGAUUGACAACAUCUACAUUGUACAACGGUAUUUGCUUCAUUCCAGGCUUGGAAGGUGAAGGUUGGUUUGACCCUUGGUUGCUGGUCAGGGCGCUGAAGCAGAAAAACCUGAGCAUGGGGACCAAGUAUGUCCACGGAGAACUGAUUGGCUUUGAGCUGGCACCCAAACACGACCCUCAAGAAAGGGACACACUGGAUUAUGGUGUGGUAAGAUUAAUUUUGUAAUUAAUCUUUAUUUGAUGGCCUAGCUUCAUGCCUUGUAUGUAAUGUAAUGUCAUUGACAUAAUGGGAAAAUAAGCUGACAACUAAAAGACAACAUUUGAUUACAAUGGGUCAGAGUGCUCAGACUAUUUAAGUGUUAAAAAAAUGUUGCAUUCCGUAUCUUAAUUAAGACAGGAUGAAUUUGAGUUCUGCCGUAAAAUCUGACUAACGUUUUGAGUCGACACAAAUAAUCAUAUUAAAUAUUAAUAAUAUUAUAUAGAUAAAUGGGCGUGUCAACACAAAGAAUCACAUCAUUAAAUAUCAUAUAAAUAAAUGGGUGUGGCUACAAUAAGAAUCAUGUCAUUAAAUAUCAUAUAAAUAAAUGGGCGUGUCAGCACAAAGAAUCAUAUCAUUAAAUAUCAUAUAAAUAAAUGGGCAUGUCAACAAAAAGAAUCAUAUCAUUAGAUAUCAUAUAAAUAAAUGGGUGUGGCGACACUAAGAAUCGUAUUAAAUAUUAAUAAUAUUAUAUAAAUAAAUGGGCAUGUCAACACUAAGAAUCAUAUCAUUAAAUAUCAUAUAAAUAAACGAAUGUAUUGAAGACCAUAUCCAACAAAUAAAUUUUUAAUCCUUACAUGUUACUUUUUCUUGUGUCAGGUAAGAGUGAAGAGCGGACAAGAGUUUGAGGUAGCAUUUGCUUUUGUCAUCAACUGUGCAGGACCAUGGGCAGCUGAUGUGGCAGAGAUGGCUAAAAUAGGGUUAGGAGAGGAUGAUAUGUCGGUACCACUCCCUGUAGAGCCCAGGUCAGUUGUACUGAAAUUAGCAUGAAUUUUUAGCACAAAUAUUCUUGUAGAGCCCGGUUUAUUUGUACUGUAACUGUAAUAAGCAUAAAUAUACUUAGCACAUCAAUUCUUAUAUAGCCUAGGUACAACUGAACUCAUACAUAAAACAGCAGAACUCUUAAAAAGGAUAUCUACCAAGAAAUUCCUUGUUACUGUUGGCUCGUGUUACAGCCUAAUGCAAGUUUUUUUAUUGUAAUUCAUGUGAACACAAAAAUUUUGUACUUGUGUUUGGGAUAAAAUGGUGGAUAAACCACAUAAUUUUAUUGAGCCCAAAAGUUGUAAAUUUAAUGUUGGGAUUUUUCAGGUUGCAUUUUAAGAAAUCCCUUAUAUUAACCUCGCUUUUGUUUGUGUGUUUCUAAACUGGCAAAUCUUCAGACGGCUAAUUGACCCACUUCCCAUCAACCUCUCGUUGGCAGAUACAUUUUAAACAUUUAUGUUUUCUUUCCUCUCUUAAAGGAAACGGUUUGUUUAUGUAACACACUGUCCUGAUGGGCCUGUGCUUGACUGUCCAUUCGUCAUCGACCCAUCCGGAGUGUAUGUUCGCAGGGAAGGUUAUGGCGGACACUACCUUUGUGGAAGCUCGCCCGCAACUGAGGUUACUGGAAUUAAUUAGCCAGAUAAUGGGUGUGAUUAACAGAGACAAUGUAACACAUAUUUAUUUUAAAGGCUAUUAAUGUUAGAUUAACACCUUCUCAUACACAUGUAUGUACCAGGUAAAUGCAUAAACUCUUUUGCUGCGGCACAAUGCACAGUGCGUUCAUCCGCGCGCUAAAAAGCACGGACCAACACGCUGUGUGUUGUUUCAAUAUCAUGGUUGUUUCUUUGCUAUUUCUUGGUUAAACUUUUUAAGGGCUAUUUUUUAAUUAUACUUUUACAUAGAAGAGUGGUAUUUCAUUGUUUAUGAGUGAAACCAAGGUUUAUUUUUUGUCAUUUGAAGCAUUAUUUUAUUAAUAUUCUUGACUGUUUUUUUUUAUAUCGAUACUGUUAUGGCUACCCAGGCCCUAGUGGGGUAAGUUUCCUAGCUUUGGAAAUGUUUUAUACUAUUUCUUUUGAAAGUGAAGUUGAUUUAGAUUUAGAUCCAUCUCAUGAUUCUGAUAGAAAUAGUUUCAGAGGGUUUGAGUUAUGGCAGUGAAGAUGAUGUAUGCCUACAUCAAAGGGACUUGUGGAAAAAAUGGCUUUGCUUAUCAUGUUUUCACAUUUUAAGUUUCUUUUCUGUCGCUGAUUUUAUUUGAACUGAAGAAGUAAGUUCACAAACAUAUACUCCAUUUAAUUAUCUUUCAUUUGAAAUCACAUUUAAGUUUUACAAACCAAACAAUAAUAUUUAAAAUAUUUUUUUUUAAUAAACCCAUCCUCUCACUCUUUUUUGCUCUUUGAAAAAAAUUCUGCAGCAAAAGAGUUAACUUACACUUCAGCCAACAUCAGUCACAGAUGUGUUAUUACAAACAUCAGUUAAGAAUGUUAUGCUAUUUGGUGCGAUUUAUUCCUACACCCUACAAUGCAUUUCUAUUCCAGGCACAAGAACCAGACAUUGCUAACUUUGACGUGGAUUACGACUUCUACAAUGACGUGGUCUGGCCAGGCCUGGCAAAGAGAGUCCCAGCAUUCAAUGAGUCGAAGGUUAAGCAUUUGUUUAGUAUAGAUGUUGUGAUGGCUUAAAGGUUGUACGUUGCUUCGUAUGAAGUUAUAGUAAUUGGAAAAUAAUUAUUGGUUGAUGAUUGACCAAAUGUAACAACUUAGACUUAGUUCCUCCCAUGCUGUGUAGUGCUUUAUGCCACACUGUGUAGUGGUUUAAGCCAAUCUUUGUGGUGCUUUGAGCCACACUGUGAAGUGCUUUGAGCCACACUUUGUAGUGGUUUGAGUCUUCUUCUUCUUCUAUAUCUUAAGGGCCCACGAUCAAUUUAUUGAUCAUUUUGGCUCCUAUGCAUGUAGAUGGGAUUUGAAAUGUUUCUGUUCCUGGUGUUGAUGAGGAAAUUUCAUAGAUUUCCAGUGCCACUUUGUGAGGGAAUCAUGCACUAGGGGUUAGAAGGCUUGAGGCAAUAGAUACAAAUGUGUCUAGUGUUGUCGCCUCAACCGUUCCUUUUGAAAGAUUGUUCCAGUCCCUGAUUGUCUUGGGCAGGAAUGAGCAGCUCCUAUACUGGCUUCUUGCUGGUAUGAGCCUGAAUUGCCUGCCAUGGCCUCGUCGCUGUCUAUGGGGGAGAGGGACGAGUUUCUGUUUAAUACUGGAACAGUGGACCAGCCCAUUAUUUAUCUUGUACAUCAUGGAGAGCCUGGAUUGUCGUCGUCGUUUCUCCAAUGGUGACCAGCCUAGUGUUUCUAGCAUGCUGCCAACACUAGAGGUAUUCCUGUAGCGGUUUAGGACAAAGCGUGCUGCUCGUCGCUGGACCGCCUCCAACCUGUCAAUGCUCUUCUGGGUAAAUGGGUCCCAGACUGAAGAUGCAUAAUCUAAAAUCGGACGGAUAAAGGCUUUAUAUGCUCUUUCUUUCACACAGGAGUUGCCAAUCUUUAGAUUUCGCCUUAAGAACCCCAAGGCUUGGUUUGCUUGGUUACAUACAUUGUUAAUAUGCUCGUCCCAGCGGACCUCUCUUUGAAUGGUAACACCCAGGUACUUUACGGAGGAAACUUGCUCAAGAAUAUGGCCGUGCAGUUUGUAUUGGUAGUGUAGAGGAGUACAACUUCUAGAGAUUGAUAGUGUCUGGCACUUGGCAGGGUGAAAUUCCAUGUCCCAGCUCAUCUCCCACUCAGCUAACAGAUUGAGAUCCUGUUGUAGCUGGUCCUGGUCAGAUCUGUUGGCGAUCGUCCUAUACACUGCUGUGUCAUCUGCGAACAGUCUUGCCUGUGAUGUUAGUUUCUCGGGUAGGUCAUUAAUGUAUGCUAGGAACAAACAGGGGCCCAAGACUGAUCUCUGGGGGACCCCUGACUUCACAUCGACAAAGGAGGAGCUUGUACCGUCCACCACUACUGCUUGGCGUCGGUGGCUGAGGAAGCUAGAGAUCCAUGUUUUAGUGGUGCCUUGAAUCCCAUAUUUCUGGAGUUUGUGUAAAAGCAAACUAUGAUUCACACGGUCAAAUGCUUUUGCGAAGUCCAUUACUAGCACAUCAGUCUGCUUGUGGUUCUCCAGAUUGGUCAUCAGGUCUUCUACAAAUUCGAGAAGCUGGGUCAAAUUGUGAAGUCCUUUGAGCCACACUGUAGUGCUUUGAGUCACACUGUAAUGCUUUGAGCCACACUUUGUAGUGGUUUAAAUCAAUCUGUGUAGUCCUUUAAGCCACACUGUAUAGUGCUUGAGCCACACUGUGUUGUGGUUUGAGCUACAAGGUAUUGUGGUUUGAGCAAAAUUGUGUAGUGUAUUCAGCCACACUGUGUAGUGCUUUGAGCCACACCAUGCAAUGCUUUGGGCAACUAUUGAUUUCCACCUUUCUUAGCCUACUGCUUCUAAUAUCCAACUUAUCCAGGUCCCUUUGAUUUAUCUCCCUUGAAGUCUUCCCUGCCUCCUCUUUCCCUUUGGAUGACGUCCAGUGUAUUGCCCUUUGAGCCUUGCGCUGCUGUGGUAGAUGUGCCCAGCAAAUAGCAUUUUGCGCAGAGCAACUAUUUAUUCCACGAUAUGUGAUCCCUUUUUUUUUUUCCAAGUCUUAUCUUAUUCCUUACAAGAUUAUACUAAAAAAAAAUUAACUUUGACUAUUGGUAAUUAGGCAGUUAAUUUUUUUUUUUAAAGUUUAUUUCUAUGGGGGCAAAUUAUUUAAUUAGCAGGUUGCCUAUAUUUUAAAAAGAUUAAAUUUUUUAACAAAAAGGAUUACAUUUUUUUUAGAUCUUUCAAACACAACUUUAAAUAAAUAUGUAAAUAUUUGUUGAGUAUUAUAAUCAAAGGAUUUCAAGUUCAGAAUUAUCAGCUAAGAAUUACCACUAAAGGAGAUAAUCCUGAAUUUUUUUUUUUAUUGAUUCUGACAGCUGAAGUCAGCCUGGGCUGGUUACUAUGACUACAACUUCUUUGACCAGAACCUUAUCAUUGGGCCCCACCCGCGGAUGAAGAACUUUAUCUUUGCCAAUGGACUCAGUGGCCACGGACUGCAGCAUUCCAUCGCUGUGGGCCGGGCCCUCAUGGAGCUUAUACAGGACGGGGAGUACAAGACAAUCAACUUGGAGAAGUUUCACUUUGAUAGAUUUCUGACAAAUACAGCUAUUCAGGAGCAGGGGAUCGUAUAGACAGGUGGAACACACAAGGAAUUUUGGUUUCUGUUAGAACACUCGAGGAAUUGUGUUUUCUGAUAGAGCUUACAAGGAAAGGCAUUAUCUGAAAGAACACACAAGUAAGUGUAUUGUCUGAUAGAAAACACAAUGAACUGUACUUUAUGAAAGAACAAGCAAUGAACUGUAUUGUCUGUGGAACAACAAGAAAUUGUCUGGUCUGACAGAACACACAAGGAACUGUGUUGUCUGUGGAACUUACAAGUAACUGUAUAGCCCAUGCAAGGCAACAUUCAUAUGUUGACAGACAUAUUAUUUUGUAAUAAAUUACUCCAGCGAAUAUUUGAAGUGAGAUUGGCCAGGUCUAAGGCAUGGGUUGCUAGUGACUCGAGAUAGUUGCUUGCAAAAUGAAUUCAUUUUUGUGUGUGUCUUUAACUGAUUGAGAAACAUGGGCCAGUGGCUGCCAUUGAAAUGUUCAGAUAUCUACGCUCACAAGUGUACAAGUAUAUGGGACGAUGUUAAUGGAAUGAUUUUUAGUUUUAGUGUAUGUAUCUUCGUCUCCAAAUCAGUAACUGUAAGUCUUGAUUGAAGAUUUGAUAUUACUUCCCCUGUUGUUGUUUUCUUACACUCUGGUUGCCAUAGCCCAGUAAAAAUUAGAGAGGUUGCAUUGUUUGAUGCGAGUGAUGAAAUAUCAAGCAGUCAAUGUUGUUGAUGUACAUAUAAUUAUAAACAGAUUGAAUUAAGUUGAUUUCUGUGUAAAUACAUUUUGUAUUAUACCAUUAAACAAUACAUAUAACCUU